CCAUUCCUGUGAACCUUUAGUUUGUUGUAUUUCCCAGGUUAGUACGUCGUGAAUAUCACAUAAAUAUAUCAUAUUAGAGCUAAAAUUUACGUGGUAGUAGUGAAUAAUGAGUUUUGUUUUUGAGUGUGCAAUACCAAGUGUUUAAUAGAUGCGAGGGCAGUGCUACGGACAACCAAAAUCCGAGAAAACGAUGAUAUCUUCUGUUGGCCAGUCAUACUUGAUCCUGGGCGGAGACUAGACAGAGAGGACAUCUUAAGGCUCCAGAGAGACUCAACCAGAGAGACUACAGAGAUAAACUCAACCAGAGAGACCAAACAUAACAAAGAGAGACCCGUUAUGGAGACAAAUCACUGUGAUACCUGUGGGAAGAGCCUUUCCUCACCCAGUUACCUCAAGCAACACAUGAUGAUCCACACAGGAGAGAAGCCCUACAGCUGUGACCUCUGUGGUCAAACCUUCAGGAGUGCUAACCGUUUAAGAAUUCACAGCAGGAUCCACACUGGAGAGAAGCCCUACAGCUGUGACCUCUGUGGUAAAACCUUUAGCCGGUCGGACGGUUUAAGAGUUCACCGCAGGAUCCACACUGGGGUGAAGCCCUACAGCUGUGACUUAUGUGAUAAAACCUUUAGCCAUGCUGCCCAUUUAAGAGAUCACCACAUGAUCCACACUGGAGAGAAGCCUUACUGCUGUGACCUCUGUGGUAAAACCUUUAGCCAGGCUAGCAAUUUAAGAUAUCAUCGCAGGACCCACACUGGAGAGAAGCCCUACAGCUGUGACCUCUGUGGUAAAACCUUUAGCCAGGCUGGCAAUUUAAGAUCUCACCGCAGAAUCCACACUGGAGAGAAGCCCUACAGCUGUGACCUCUGUGGUCGAAGUUUUAGCAAGGCUGCCACUUUCAUAGUUCACCGCAGGAUCCACACUGGAGAGAAGCCCUACAGCUGUGACCUCUGUGGUAAAACCUUUAGCCAUGCUGACAGUUUAAGAUCUCACCGCAGGACCCACAUUGGAAAGAAGCCCUACAGCUGUGACCUCUGUGAUGAAGCCUUCUUUACGUCUGGUGGAUUGAAGAAGCACCACAUGACCCACACUGGAGAGAAGCCUUACUGCUGUGACCUCUGUGGUAAAACCUUUAGCCAGGCUAGCAAUUUCAGAUAUCAUCGCAGGACCCACACUGGAGAGAAGCCCUACAGCUGUGACCUCUGUGGUAAAACCUUUAGCCAGGCUGGCAAUUUAAGAUCUCACCGCAGAAUCCACACUGGAGAGAAGCCCUAUAGCUGUGACCUCUGUGGUCGAAGUUUUAGCAAGGCUGCCACUUUCAUAGUUCACCGCAGGAUCCAUACUGGAGAGAAGCCCUACAGCUGUGACCUCUGUGGUAAAACCUUAAGCCAUGCUGACAGUUUAAGGUCUCACCGCAGGACCCACACUGGAGAGAAGCCCUACAGCUGUGAACUCUGUGGUAAAACAUUUAGCCAUGCAAAUACUCUCAGCCUUCACAGCAGGAUCCACACUGGAGAGAAGCCCUACAGCUGUGACCUCUGUGGUAAAACCUUUAGCCAGUCUGGCAGUUUAAGAGCUCACAGCAGGAUCCACACUGGAGAGAAGCCCUACAGCUGUGACCUCUGUGGUAAAACCUUUAGCCGGGCUGGCAGUUUAAGAGCUCACAGCAGGAUCCACACUGGAGAGAAGCCCUACAGCUGUGACCUCUGUGGGAAAACCUUUAGUGACUCUUCUACUUUUAGAAAGCACAGCAGGAUCCACACUGGAGAGAAGCCCUACAGCUGUGAGUGCUGUGAUAAAGCCUUCUCUACGUCUGGUGGAUUGAAAAAGCACAAAAGGACCCACACUGGAGAGAAGCCCACAGCUGCCCACACUGUGCCUAUCCAGGUAAAAGAAACAACAAUCUGAAGAGUCACCUGAGUGUCCAGGAUAGGAAACCCCAGAAGCAGUGAUGUCUGGGGCCACGCUGUCCCAGCAGUCAACUUUCUGUUCUGAAACAGUUUGUUCUCUUCUCAAGCAAUUUGUUCUCUUCUGAAACAGUUUGUUGUCUUCUGAAACAGUUUGUUCUCUUCUGAAGUGUACUUUCUUAAUAAACCCAACAAAGUGAAACGCAAUGUUUAUAUUACAUAAAACUCAAAUGUUAACACGUGCUUGCAUUAACAA